AUUAGUAAAUAGUUAGACUUUUCUCAGUUAUCUAUAUUUAUUCUCUACCACGAUUUUUAAUGGUCAUACAUUAGUGAUAUAAGCUAGCGCCAAUACCACCGAAAGUACGCACUUUACAUAGAAAGAACGGCAAUAUUCUAACUUCAUCCAGAAGAAAUCAAAUGUUGAGGAAAUUAUUGUUUGAGAAGGGAAUAAAAAGAUAAACCAAUUUUACACCAAAUCUGGAAGAGAAGAGAACAAUAAGGAGGAGAAACAGGACAGAAAGAGCCGUUGAAUGAAUCUUCCCGAGACAACCCGACAACCCGAAUUGGACUUGCUCUAAGGUGACGCGUUAGCAUCAUGGAAAGUGAAAAUCUCCUAGGAAUUGAUAUGUUUGUAAAGUGCAGUUAUUGUUACAAAACUUUUACCACAGCUUCACAGAAAAGAUGGCAUGAGGAAAAUAGUCAUGGUACAGACCUAGGCCUGAUGAGUGAAGCAAGGUCAGAAAACACGGGAAGUAUGGACACAAGUGUAAUCCUUGGUGCAACGUGUAAGAUAUGUGGCAAAGCAUUUUCUAAUUUUAGAAACAAGAUAAAACACAUGAAAAAUGUCCAUAAGAUAAUUAAUAGCAGUGUUCCAGACAUAACCUGUGAUAUCUGUGGCAAACCAUUUUCUAAAAUGUCAAAUAAGAGAAGACAUGUAAAGCAAAUCCAUCAGUUGCCUAAAAUUCCACAUAAAAAACCUACUUUAGUGAUGUGCAAGGAAUGUGAUGUCCGUUUUGGCACCCUACGCUCUUACAGGCAACAUCUCCUUGAAGCUCAUAAUGUUAACACCAAGAGAGUCGAUUAUGAGUUUGCUUCUGAGGAAGAAUUUCUGAAAUGGAAAGAUGAAUUGGGAGACAAUUAUACGGCUCGUUCAGGUGCCUGGAAAUCUGCUGAUGGCUUCAAAACAAUCUACUAUUGCAGAAGAUCAGGUGUAAACAAGUCAACUCGUGGUGCAGAUGACAAGUGUGCUCAAAAAAGUCAUGGUAAAAUAGGAUCUUUCUGUACGUCUUCUAUUGAAGUGGUCAAGAGUGAUGGAUGCAUCAAGGUCACCUACUACAUGGAUCAUUGGGGUCAUGACACUGACAUUCCCAGCCUUGUUCACAUGGAACAUUCUACCAGUGAAAAGGAUAAAAUUACAGAUUCUGUGUGUGUCUUAGCAGGGAGCACCACCUCCACAGCAUCUAUCAAACCAGGGAAAGACACAGAUGAGGAAGUAUUAGUAAAAGAAGAGCUAUGUGUACUGGAGAAUUAUGUGGCAGACGUCAACACACCCACAGAAGAUGCAUGUGCAUACACUGUACACUAUGUACCACAUGUACAGGGCAAACCCAGUCAAAAUCUACAGAAUAUAGAAAACAGCAAAAACCACAAUUCCACAGAAAAAAAUGGGAGCAACAGAUCUCUAACACUGGAAAUAAUUGAGGAGUUGAGAGAAAUGAAAGAAUUUAUGAGGGAGAUGAAUGAUUCUUUUAAGACCAUUGAAAUGGUGACAGAAGAUAUUGCCAGGACACUAAUGGGGAUUGCAGCUCCUUGUAAUGGCAUAAGGUGAUUUUUUUUUCUAAUUUGUGAGAUGCAUUAAUGACUGUACCUUGAAAGGGUUAUUCAUAAUGGAUUAAAUUAGUCUUCUACACUCA